UUCUCAUUCCAUUCACGUUUCUUUUUUCAUUACAUACACAUACACACAUUAAAGAAAAACAAAAAACAGCACAAAAAAAAAAAAAAGAUAUUCAUUCUUUUUAGUCACACACUUUUUUUACACACCCAAUAAUCUCAAACAAUAUUAACCAAUUAGCAAUGUCUUCCGGUUCUACACCUCGCUCUAUGACAGCGGGUGCCCGCAACAUUCUGCGCUCUAAUGAUUCGGCCUCACUAUGGAACUAUACUGUUGCUCCAGGAUGGAGCAUGAAGGAAGCCGAGAUUCUACGCAAAGCACUCAUGAAAUUCGGGAUUGGCAAUUGGUCCAAGAUCAUUGAAUCCAAUUGUCUAGUGGGUAAAACGAAUGCUCAAAUGAAUCUACAGACUCAACGAAUGUUGGGUCAACAGAGUACGGCCGAGUUUGCAGGGUUACAUAUCGAUCCACGUGUGAUUGGACAGAAGAAUUCGUUGAUUCAAGGAGAUCAUAUCCGACGCAAGAAUGGUUGUAUUGUCAACACAGGCGCUAAACUUUCAAGAGAAGAGAUCCGUCGCAGAGUUGCAGAGAACAAAGAGCAAUAUGAAUUACCAGAGGAAGAAUGGAGUAGUAUUGAGCUCCCAUUGCCUGACGAUCCCCAUCUAUUGCUCGAAGCAAAGAAAUCAGAAAAAGUUCGAUUGGAAUUGGAAUUGAAAAAUGUACAACGACAGAUUGCAAUGCUUCGGAAAGUUGGACGGAAAUUCGAGACUGGAUCCGAAUCACCAAAGACAGAACUGGAUGAUGAUGAACGAGAUGAGUUUAUUGAAGAUCAGCCUUUAGGAAAGAGAGCAAGGAUCGAGGCAUGACCAACAGAAUGAAUAAAGAAAAG